GCCCGGGUUUUCCCCUCCCUCCAUUCACGAGCGAGAGGAGGAGGAGUCCGGCGGCCACUCCGAGAACCGGGGCGAGCGGUUGUAAGUGAGAAGACGCGGUCGCCCGGGAGGGAGGCGGUCCUGCCGGCUCCAGCAGCGCUCGAGGCGACGUUGCUUCGCUUGCCCCUCCUGUGUGGCCACCGCAGCCGCUCGCCGCCCCAAGCAAUCCUUCCCUGCCGACUGCGGCCAUCGCUCCAGGGGGAACUUCUCAGGAUCGGGGCGCGAGCAAGAUCCUUCUGAGAAAGAUGGGUUGCAAAAGUCUUGUUGGUAUUGGACAGCAGUUGUUCCGUCGGAAAGUCGUGGACUGCACAAGAGAAGAUAGUCGUCUCUCACGAUGCCUGAACACAUUUGACUUGGUUGCUCUUGGCGUGGGCAGCACACUUGGGGCAGGUGUUUAUGUGCUUGCUGGGGCAGUGGCCCGAGAAAAUGCGGGACCUGCCAUUGUGAUCUCAUUCCUGAUUGCUGCUCUGGCAUCUGUGCUUGCUGGACUUUGUUAUGGUGAAUUUGGUGCCCGAGUUCCGAAGACUGGAUCAGCUUAUCUGUAUAGCUAUGUCACUGUGGGCGAGCUGUGGGCAUUCAUCACUGGAUGGAAUCUCAUUCUUUCCUAUGUCAUUGGAACGUCAAGCGUGGCCCGAGCAUGGAGCGCAACGUUUGAUGAACUUAUAGGCAAGCAUCUCGAGACCUUCUUUCUUAAGCACAUGUCUAUGGAUGCUCCUGGAUUAGCAAAAUACCCGGACGUCUUUUCUGUUUUCAUUAUCUUAAUCUUAACAGGACUUUUAACUUUUGGAGUGAAAGAAUCCGCCAUGGUUAACAAAGUGUUCACCUGCAUCAAUGUCCUUGUCUUGGGCUUUGUCAUGGUCUCGGGAUUUGUGAAGGGGUCAAUAAAAAAUUGGCAGCUCCCAGGUGACACGGUGAACAAUACAAUGAACACAUCACAUGCGUACAAUGUCACCCAGGAGGAAAUCAGACGUGGAGCUGGUGGGUUUAUGCCCUAUGGUUUCGCUGGAGUUCUGUCAGGGGCAGCUACCUGCUUUUAUGCAUUUGUAGGAUUUGAUUGCAUUGCCACCACAGGAGAGGAAGUGAAAAACCCUCAGAAAGCGAUCCCCAUAGGAAUAGUUGCCUCGCUUCUGAUUUGCUUUGUCGCAUACUUCGGUGUGUCGGCUGCUCUUACCCUCAUGAUGCCUUAUUACCUGCUUGAUACGAACAGCCCGUUGCCUAAUGCUUUUACGUACGUGAAAUGGGAAGGGGCAAACUAUGCGGUAGCUGUUGGUUCCCUCUGUGCUCUUUCCACCAGCUUGCUGGGGUCCAUGUUUCCAAUGCCUCGAGUUAUUUAUGCCAUGGCAGAAGAUGGACUCCUGUUCAGGUGUUUGGCUCGUGUCAAUGAGAGGACAAAAACUCCGAUGAUUGCUACGGUAGUGUCAGGAGCUGUGGCAGCUGUCAUGGCCUUUCUUUUCGAUCUGAAAGAUCUUGUUGACCUUAUGUCCAUUGGAACACUCCUGGCUUACUCCUUGGUGGCUGCCUGCGUGUUGGUAUUAAGGUACCAACCUGAGCAGCCCAACUUGGCAUACCAAAUGGCCAGCACAACAGAUGAGGCGGACAACAACGAAUCUGUGAGCACCAGUGAAUCCCAGACUGGGUUUCUUCCAGAGGAAGAAGAGAAGUGCUCCCUAAAAGCUGUUCUCUUCCCCCAGAACUCUGAUCCUUCCAAGCUGUCUGGGUUUGUGGUGAAUGUCUCCUCCUGUAUCAUAGGUUUCCUUAUCGUCACCUUCUGCAGCUUGGCUGUCCUUGGCAAAGACGCUAUGAUGAAGGGGACCACGUGGGUUAUUAGCCUGCUUGUUAUCGAUUUCCUCCUUUGCUUUGUUGUCACUGUGGUUAUUUGGAGACAACCUGAAAGCAAAACCAAACUCUCCUUCAAGGUCCCCUGCCUGCCUGUCCUUCCAAUUCUGAGCAUCUUUGUGAAUAUUUAUCUAAUGAUGCAGCUGGAUAUUGGCACUUGGAUACGGUUUGCUAUCUGGAUGGCAAUAGGUUUUCUUAUUUAUUUUGCCUACGGCGUGUGGCACAGCGUGGAGGCCUCCUAUUCAGCGCCCACGGAUGCAGAGAGAAGUACAGAUAACAACAUAGACACGUGCAAAUGAUUGACAUCCUGUUACAUAAAAACAAACAAACACUGAGCAGUAUCGAUGGCAGAGGAGGAGACCUUUCUCUCUCGGACCCUGAAGUAUUUUAUUAGUGGAACAACAGGUGGGCCUCUGUGUCCCACCAGUGCCUCUUGCAGCUAAUUUUUGCCUUGGUGGUGCAGCUAUAAAGGAUCCCAAGGAAGAAGCCAAAACUUCUGGCAUACGCCCAAGCAACACUGCCCCGGUGUUGGCAGCUUUCUUUCAUGUCCUCUUCCUGUCUCCCCUUCCUCUUUUGGUUUUAAGUAUAUGGCAAGAAAACUGCUCCUCUGCGUGCCAGUUUACUUCCAAUGCUGCUGCGAGACCAAGCCUGCAAAUUAACGCCUCCAGGUACCAUCCUUGGAUUUAAAUGGAGGGGACCCUGCGUUAUCUGCAAAGAUACUCCCGUUGGACCACCGCAAACAAGGGGGCCUUGCCAAAACAAAGACGUAAAUGACAACCUCCUGUGUGGUAUGCAAGUAUCUCCAGGAUUAACCUGGUUCAGACAAACACUGGGGGGUGUUAUUUAAUCGUUGUACUUGACUUUGUGCGUGCAGGUAAUUCCUGUGCUUUGGAGUGCAACCUUGCAGCAAUCUUAGCCGAUAGUUGCUUGCAGGCCGGAUUCUGGUUCUUGUGAUACAAACAGCUGUCUGGCGAAUCCCGCCGCUUGUGAGAGAAGCUUCUAGCUUAUGAUGUAAUGCUAUGUAGAAUACGUGGUUCCUUGUUCAUCUCCUACCUUAAAUUUUCAAAGAUCAAGAGUACUUUUG